AUGUAUGAAAAACAAGGAAAACAAAUUUUUCAUUAUUUGUUCCCAACGUUUCGUGUGAAAUGCGCACGUAUUGAGUUCAAAUUAGUUAAAGAUCACAGCGCCAACGGUGAAAUACGUAACACACUUCCUGCGAUUCUCGAAAUAAUCGAUAUUUUUCACGAUCGAUUUUUAAGUGGGAAGCAUGGAGGAAAGAAGCACACUUCAUCUGUAAAGAAAAAAUUAUUAUCCAGAAGUUCUCAGGAAAUCACGUUCUAUCCAGCAUGCUGCAUGGUCUCGCCAACGUGUCUGGACCAAGAACGUUCGUCGCGCGAUCAUGGUUCACCGUUUCCUCGGCGGAUGAAGUGA